GAGAGAGAAUGGUGCACCUCAGCGCGGAUGCGAGUGAGAUAUUUAUCAACACUCAUUUUAUACUCUCAUAACUUUAGCUGAACUGCUCGUAUUUCUUUCUGGAUUUUAUGUGCAAAAUUCUGCUCAUCUUUGCAUUGGCUUCUCUCUCCAAAUGGCUUGGAUUAUUCCUCCGCUGUUGCAACGCCAAGGGACUGGUACUGGCGCUGUUGUUUUGCUCUUUGCUUUGAUCGCGGUGAUUGUGACAGAGGACUCCGCUGCGCAGGUUUUCGACAGUUAUGGAUUAUCAUACGCAUUGAGAUCGGAACUGUCAGAGGAUGCUAUAUUGGUGGCCAACAAUGGAAUACGCGUGCCUUUCGGGAGAGCAGUGGUCAUUGAUCCUAUCAAUGAUCUGGUAAUUCAAGUACAACCGGGAGACAGAUGUAGUAUAACGGUUCUGGAUAACGACCCGCUCUCCCAGAGGCCAGGGCAGCUCUCUCCCAAAAAGUUUCCCUGUGAAUUUGGUCCCAAUGACGUAAAGUAUUCUCACUUCGGGUCCAGGAGCCCCCCGCUGGAUAGGGUGAGGCUACAGCUCAGAUAUGACACUCAUACCGAUACCAUAAUCAUCCCGUUUAUGAUGGAAGUGGAGGUGAUUUUCACACAGUUGGAAGUGUUAACCAGAAACAUGCCUCUGACUGUUGACAAACUGCUUGGCACUAGUAACCCCAUUGACAGUAAGAUUCUGGAGUUCACCUAUGAUAGAAGUGAACAUCAGUGUAAAAUAACAUCUCUCUCCAGUGGCAGUGCAUUACCCAGGUAUGGAAAACUUGUGGAUGAGGGAAAACUUGGAAAGAUGGUGGACUGUGACAAAUUUAUUAAAAUGAAUACCCGCUAUCAGCACACUUUUGCACACAAAUCACCCAAUAGAGAUUAUUUCCCAAUGAUUGUGGAAUUACAAGAUAAAGAGGGUAAUCUGCUGAAGCAGGAGUUUUUCCAGGUGAUGGUGCGUAUUAAGGAUGGAGAGGAGAACACGGCUCCUAAACCCAGCUUCGUGGCCAUGAUGAUGAUGGAGGUGGAUCAGUUUGUCAUGACAGCCAUCACCCCCGACAUGCUGGCUGCUGAGGACAUUGAGUCUAACCCUGACAACCUUAUCUUCAACAUCACCUCCCCCCUCUCCUUCGAGGAGGGGUACAUUGUCAGCACAGAUGACCGGAACCUGCCCAUCACCUCUUUCUACCAGGGAGACCUCAAAGAACUAAAGAUGGCCUACAAGCCUCCAUCUGUGGACUCUGAGACAGAACGUAUCUUCCAGAUAGAGUUUGAGGUGGUGGACACUGAGGGGGCUGUGUCUGAUCCGUUUGCCUUCAUGAUUGUAGUGAAACCUAUGAACACGCUUGCUCCAGUAGUCACCAGGAAUACGGGUCAGCUUCUCUAUGAGGGUCAGUCCAGACCACUGUCCAGCUCUCACAACCUAGAGGUCAGUGACGAGGACAACCUGGAUGAUGUCAAGAUCACGGUGGUCGACGGGCUGCGGCAUGGCCAGCUGACAGUGCUCGGGUCACGCAGGAAGUUCUUCGCCCCAGCUGAUCUGGAUGGGGGCGUGGUCAUCUACCAGCACGACGGCAGCGACACGUACAGCGACAACAUUAUCUUCCGGAUGACGGAUGGGAAGCACGAGGUGGAGUUCCUGUUUCCCCUGACAAUCGUUCCCACGGAUGAUGAGCCGCCCAUUAUCAAUGCCAACACGGGGUUAAUCCUCUUCAAGAACCAGAUGAUGCUCAUUUCGCCACUCACACUCAGCGCUGCAGACAUCGACUCUGAGGACUCCACUAUCAAAUUCACCAUUGAGGCACCGUUCUCCCCAAUAGGGGAGGUGCUGCUGAGGCAGUCAGAGGCCCCAGAGGACCCCUCCACCUGGAAAUUCAACGCUGAGGAUGAGCUGUAUGAGAAAGAGUUUACAGAGUGGCUGCAGCAGGAUAUCACAGAUGGGAAACUGUUCUACAGACACACAGGGCCUCACAGCACUGACACAGUCAUGGACCAGUUUGUUUUCCGGGUCCAGGAUGAUAACGACCCCCCUAACCAAUCAGAACAGAGCUCGUUCAUCAUCAAGAUUCUGCCUGUGGAUGACAUCCCCCCUGAGCUGUAUCCUGGUACCACCCUCCAGAUGACCGUACACGAGUACCAGCUCACCUACUUCCGGAAGAAGUUUCUCCGCUACACUGACCUGGACUCGGAGGACAGAGAUCUGAAGUACACCGUCACCCAGCCCCCGACAGACACAGACGAGAACAGCCCUGUGGUACUGGGCUCUAUUGUGUUAACAGAGAGUCCAGACACUGUAGUGACUGAGUUUACUCAGGCUCAGGUCAACCACCAUAAGAUAUCAUACAACCCACCUGACCUGGAGCUGGGGAUCACAGCCCACGUUCUGCAGGUCCAGUACACGGUGGAGGAUACGUCAGGGAAUACUGUCACCGGAACGUUCUCUAUAUUCCUGCAGCCUGUCGACAACAAGCCGCCUCAGAUAACCAACACCGGCUUCACUAUAUUCGAGCGGGGAACACACAAAAUCACCAGAGCUGAGCUGCAUACUGUGGACUUAGACACGGACAGUAGCCAGAUCUCCUUCACUCUAACUCAGCCCCCUCAACACGGCACGGUCCAGUACACCUUCACCGACCUGACCAAAGGAGACGCGUUCAACCUGUUGGACAUCGCUAACGACAGGAUCUCCUACAUCCACAACGGAGACGAGUCCAGCAGCGAUUUCUUCCAACUGGAUGUCAGUGACGGUGUCCAUGUUGUGACCAUCACCAUCAGGGUUACCGUGAAGCCCAUUGAUGACGAGACCCCGACCAUCAGCCUGCCGGCCGGAACCAUCGGCUCCUACAUUGACGUCCUGGAGAACGGAGCCACUGAGAUCACGACUAAAGUCAUCCAGGGGCGGGACGAGGACACAGACGACCUCCGUUUGACCUUCAUUCUGGAGGACCCACCGAUUUUCGGGGAGAUUCUGGUGAACGGGGUCCAAUCAGGAAGCUUCACCCAGGCUGACGUCAUCAACGGACUGGUGGUGUACGCCCACACCAGCGGAGAGAUUGGCCUCAACACUAAAUACGACUACUUUAAUCUGACGCUGACAGACAUGUCUGAUGAGUGGACGGUAGGGGGCAACAGGGUCACGGGGGUCAGGGUUCAGAUCACCAUCCUCCCCAUGGACAGCCAGGCUCCAGAUGUGUUUGUAGGCCCACAGUUCACUGUCGUAGAGGGAGAGAAGAAUGUGAUAGAGAUUUUUCACAUUAGCGCUGAUGAUAUUGACACUCCUAAUGAUGACCUGCUUUGUACCAUCAUCGUCCAGCCCACGUCAGGCUACGUGGAGAACAUCUCCCCUGCCCCAGGCUCAGAGAAGUCCAGGUCUGGGACUGCGAUCAGUGCAUUCACCAUCAAGGACAUCAGACAAAACCACAUCUACUACGUCCAAAGCAUCCAUAAAAGAGUGGAGCCGGUAGAGGACAGGUUCACGUUCAGAUGCUCUGACGGCAUUAACUUCUCCGAGAGACAUUUCUUCCCCAUCGCUAUCAUCCCGUCCAACGAUGAGAAGCCAGAGAUCUAUAUGAGGGAGUUUGUCGUCAUGGAAGGGAUGAAUAUUGUCAUCGAUACGCCCAUCCUGAACGGAGCCGACGUGGACAUCCCCUCGGACGAACUCACUUUCAUCAUCACCAAACCACCAAAGCACGGCUUCAUCCUCAACCAGCUGACAACCGGCACCGUCACAGUCAGCAACUUCACCCUGGACCAGAUCAGGGAAGCCUCCAGUAUAGUGUAUGAACACGAUGACUCUGAGACCAAGGAGGACAGCUUUGACUUAAUUCUGACGGACGGUAAAUAUACUGUGGAGAAGACCAUCAUUGUUAUGAUCAUCCCUGUAGAUGACGAGACACCCAGGAUGGCCAUCAACGACGGUCUGGAGCUAGAGAUAGGAGACGUUAAAGUGAUCGAUAACAAUGUUUUAAAAGCCACCGACCUGGACUCUGAGGAUAGUACUCUGACGUACGUUGUUCGCUACGGGCCGGGCCAGGGGUUGUUACAGAGGAGAACCCCUUACGGGACGUUAGAGAACAUCACAGUGGGGAUGAACUUCACCCAGUACCAGGUGGACCAGGCUCUCAUCGUCUAUAUCCACAACGGGCAGGAAGGAAUCCGGGACCUUAUCAAGUUUGACGUGACGGACGGCAUCAACCCUCUGAUCGACAGGUACUUCUACGUGACGGUGGGCGGCAUCGACGUGGUGUUCCCUGACGUGGUCAGUAAGGGGGUCUCUCUGAAAGAAGGAGGUAGAGUAACGUUGACCACAGACCUGCUCAGCACCAGCGACCUCAACAGUCCCGACGAACACCUGGUGUUCACCAUCACCAGAGCCCCACAGAGAGGCCAUCUGGAGUGUACUGACGGCCCUGGUAUGCCCAUCUCCUCCUUUACCCAGCUCCAGCUAGCUGGGAGCAAGGUGUACUACAUACACACGGCCGAUGAUGAGGUGAAGAUGGACAGCUUUGAGUUCGAGGUCACCGACGGUUACAACCCUGUGUUCCGCACGUUCCGUGUCUCCAUCACCGACGUGGACAACAAGAAACCGGUUCUAACGGUUCACAGCCUGGUGGUUAACGAGGGAGAGAACAAACUCAUCACACCCUUCGAGCUGACUGCAGAGGACCGCGACACGGCUGACCCCCUCCUGAAGUUCACAGUCACCCAGGUCCCUGUCCACGGUCGCCUCCUCUUCAACAACACCCACCCCGUCACCUCCUUCACCAAACAGGACCUGAACGAGAACCUCAUCAGCUACAAACACGACGGUACUGAGUCCUCCAAGGAUUCCUUCUCCUUUACCGUGACUGACGGGACGCACACCGACUUCUACGUGUUCCCAGACACCGUGUUCGAGACGCGGCGCCCCCAGAUGAUGAAGAUCUCGGUCCUGUCGGUGGAUAACGGGGUGCCCCAGAUCGUGGUGAAUAAAGGGGGGCCCACCCUGAGGGUGUUAGAGACGGGUCACCUGGGGUUCCUCAUCACCUCUAAGACUCUUAAGGCCGAGGACAGGGAUAGUCUUCAACUAUCUGUCACCUUUAAGAUCACCGUGGGACCAGAACAUGGAUACCUCAUCAACCUGGGUACAGGCAACGCUACCGUCACCACAUUCACUCAAGCUGAAGUUGAUGACAUGAAGAUUUGCUACGUGCUAAGAGAUGGUCACAAUGCUACGAGCGACAUCUUCUUUUUCUCCAUUGAGGACAAUGGAGGCAACAGGCUGAAGAACCAGGUGUUCAGGCUGAACUGGGCCUGGGUCUCCCUGGAGAAGGAGUACUAUGUGUUGGACGAGGAGGCCAAGUACCUGGAGGUGGUCCUCAAACGACGAGGAUACCUGGGAGAGACAUCCUUCGUCAGCAUCAGCACCAGAGAUGGUACGGCGGAGAAGGAUAAGGACUUCCGUGGUAAAGCCCAGAAGCAGGUCCAGUUUAACCCAGGUCAGACCACGGCCACAUGGAGGGUGAGGAUCCUGCAGGAUGGAGUGUACGAGCAGUCUGAGACCUUCCAGAUUGUUCUGUCAGAACCUGUCAUGGCUGCCCUGGAGUUCCCUGACACAGCCACUGUGGAGAUCCUCGACCCAGCUGAUGAGUCGACAGUGUUCAUCCAGUCUGCAGUCUACUCUAUAGAGGAGGACAUUGGGGAGCUGCUGAUCCCAGUGCGCAGGAGUGGUGACGUCACACAGGAACUCAUGGUCAUCUGCUACACACAGCAAGCCACAGCUACAGGGACCAUCCCCUCUACAGUCCUGUCCUACUCUGACUACAUAUCCAGACCUGAGGAACACAACAGUGUCCUGCGCUUCGAUAAGGGCGAGACGGAGAGUUCCUGUCGUGUGGUGAUCAUAGAUGACUCUCUGUAUGAAGAGGAGGAGAGCUUCAAUGUUACCCUCAGUAUGCCCAUGGGAGGCCGUCUGAGACAGGAGUACCACACUGCCAGGGUCACCAUCAUACCUGACCUGGACGAUGCUCCAGUAUUCUACUUCGGAGGCACAGACUACCGUGUGGAUGAGAGUGAUGGUUAUGUGGAGGUCAAGGUGUAUAGGACAGGCACUGACCUCUCUAAAACAGCCACGGUCACUGUACGCUCCAGGAAAACAGACCCUGUCUCUGCUGAAGCCGGUGUGGAUUACGUCGGUAUCAGCAGGAACCUGGACUUCGCCCCGGGGGUCAGCCAGCAGACAUUCAGGGUUACCAUCCUGGAUGACCUGGGUCAGCCGGUGCUGGAGGGGACCGAGACAUUCGAGCUGAUCCUCCGCAUGCCCAUGAACGGCAUCCUGGGAGAACCGGGGAAGGCCACCAUCUUCAUCAACGACUCCGUCUCUGACCUGCCCAAGGUGCAGUUCCAUGAUGCCAUGUACAUGGGGCAUGAGAACUCCGGUCAGAUCUCAGUCGUGGUGUAUCGUAGUGGAGACAUCAGUUACAGGUCAACGGUCCGCUGUUACACCAGACAGGGCACCGCUCAGGUCAUGAUGGACUUCAACGAACGACCCAACACAGACGCUUCCAUCAUCACCUUCCUACCAGGGGAGGUAGAGAAGCCGUGUGUUCUGUCCUUGGUUGAUGACACGGAGCAUGAGGAGGAGGAGGAGCUGAGGCUGGUGUUGGGGUCGCCCCGCAGUGAGUCUCCUUUCGGAGCGUCCAUCGGGAAACAGAAUGAGACUCUGGUCAAGAUCAAGGACGAGGCAGACAAGGCCAUCAUCAAGUUUGGGGAGACUAAGUUCAGUGUGAGUGAGCCUAGCGGGGCAGGCCAGGUGUCCAUGGUGAAGAUCCCAGUGCUGAGGGUAGGAGACACCUCCAAGGUGUCUGUGGUCCGCGUCCACACCAAGGACGGAUCAGCCACCUCCGGAGAGGACUACCAUCCUGUAUCUGAAGACAUUGAGUUCAAGGAGGGUGACACAGAGCACUACAUCGAGGUGGAGAUCUUGUAUGAUGGAGUCCGAGAGAUGAGAGAAGCCUUCACUGUCCACCUGAAACCUGAUGAGAACAUGGUGGCUGAGACGCAGAUGAGUAAGGCCAUUAUCUACAUAGAGGAGACCAACAGCAUGGCGGACGUCACCUUCCCCUCCGUCCCCCAGGUGUUCUCCUUACUGCAGUAUGACGACACCUCCAGGGCCAGAAAUACCCCCUUGGUGGCAGGCUACCCCGUCGUCUGUGUCACGGCUUGUAACCCUAAGUACCCUGACUACGACAAGACUGGCUCCAUCUGCAUCAGCGAGCACAUCAAUGACACGCUGACACGCUAUCGAUGGUUGGUCAGCGCUCCAACCAGCCUGGACGGGGUCACCAGCUCCAUGAGAGAGGUGGACUUUGAUACCUUCUUCUCCUCCUCCAAGAUCAUCACCUUGGACUCUGUCUAUUUCCAGGCUGGCUCUAGGGUGCAGUGUGCAGGCCGGGCUGUGAACUCUAACGGAGACGAGGGCCUGGAACUCAGCAGCUCCAUAGUCUCCAUCAGUAUAGAGAAUGGUAUGUGCCAGCCUCGUGUGGUGGGUACAGUGGGCGCUGAGCCCUUCUCUGCCAAGCUACGCUACACCGGAGCAGAGGACCCAGACCACCCCAACCUCAUCAAGAUCACUGUCACCAUGCCACACAUAGACGGCAUGCUCCCUGUGGUCUCCACCCGUCCUCUGUCUAACUUUGAGCUGACGUUGAGUCCUGAUGGUACUCGUGUGGGGAACCACCGCUGUUCUAACCUGCUGGACUUCACCGAGGUCAAGACCCGCCACGGCUUCAUUACAGACGCCACCAAGAACCCUGAGGUGAUCGGGGAGACCUCUCCCUACCAGUACAGCGCCCCCCUAAGGGGAUCCAGCGUACUGCGCUUCUACAGGAACCUCAACCUAGAGGCUUGUCUAUGGGAGUUCACGAGUUACUAUGACAUGUCUGAGCUACUGUCAGACUGUGGAGGGACCAUCGGUACAGACGGACAGGUGUUGAACCUGGUCCAGUCCUAUGUGACCCUCCGGGUGCCCCUCCAUGUCUCCUAUGUGUUCCACUCCCCGGUGGGGGCAGGGGGCUGGCAGCAUUUUGACCUGCAGUCUAAGCUACGACUCACCUUCGUAUACGACACUGCCAUCUUGUGGCGGGACGGCAUCGGUAGCCCUCCUGAGGCUGAGCUUCAAGGAGCCCUGUACCCCACCAGUAUGCGUAUCAACGAACAGGGUCGUCUGGUGGUCAACUUCAGAACAGAGGCUCGAUUCAGAGGACUGUUUGUCAUAUCACACUCUGCGUCCUCUCUGUCGUCCAUGGUGGUGUGUGCGGACCACCCUGGGGUGACCUUUAACCUCAGCCUGGUGAGGAGCGAGCCCACCUACAACCAGCCCAUGCAGCAGUGGACCUUUACAUCAGACUUCGCUGUGCGUGACUACUCAGGUACCUACACAGUGAAGCUGCUUCCCUGUACCUCUCCCCCCAGUCUGGAGUACUCCCUGCCUCCUGUCUGUAACCCCAGAGAACCUGUCACCUUCGACCUGGACAUACGCUUCCAGCAGGUGAGUGACCCGGUUGCGGCUGAGUUCAGUCUGAACACUCAGAUGUUGCUACUGUCUAAAAGAUCUCUGUGGCUGUCUGAUGGAUCCAUGGGCUUCGGACAGGAGAGCGACACCGCCUUCUCACAAGGGGAUAUGAUCUAUGGCAGAGUGAUGGUGGAUCCAGUCCAGAACCUGGGAGAUUCCUUUAUCUGUAACAUAGAGAAGGUAUUCCUGUGCACCGGCGCGGAUGGAUACGUGCCCAAGUACAACCCCAACAACAAUGAGUAUGGCUGUCUGGCUGAUGCUCCCUCGCUGCUCUACAGAUUCAAGAUCAUCGAUAAGGCCCAGCCAGAGACCCAGGCCAGGUCGUUUGGUAACGUGGGGUUCAGGGCUCUGCUGGCUGUAGACGACCCUCAGGCCCUGGCCCUGGUCAGACAGCCUGGAUCUGAUGGCUUCAGCAUGGACUCUACAGCACUGUUCCAGGUGUCAGCAGGGAGAGAGUGGUUCAUCCACACCAUCUACACUGUCCGCUCCAGAGAGAAUGCCAACAGGGGCAUCGGGAAGAGAAGUCUGGAGUAUCACACACUCAUCCAGCACAGCAGUAUGUCUGCAGGAGGCCACUCCCUGACCCAACACAGCAGCAUGGCUGCAGGAGGCCACUCCCUGACCCAACACAGCAGCAUGGCUGCAGGAGGCCACUCCCUGACCCAACACAGCAGCAUGGCUGCAGGAGGCCACUCCCUGACCCAACACAGCAGUAUGGCUGCAAGAGGCCACUCCCUGACCCAACACAGCAGCAUGGACAGAGAAACCCAGCGUCAAACUAUGGCUGCAGGAGGACCGUCCCAGUCCCAGUCUCGCUCCAGGCGGUCAGCAAACGGUGUGCCAGACCUAACAGAGGACAUCGGCCUGGACAACAACCGUGGCACCAACAUUCUCCAUAUCUCCCUGGACCUUAGCCGCCAGCACCGCACCAGCCCUGACCGGGAGGUCCUCACUCAGGGUGUGGUGCCCAGGGAGCUGAACCAUCCUGUGGAGAGCGAGGACGGCCUGGUCUUGAUCAUAGGGAUCCUGGUGGGCCUCCUCCUCACCAUCCUCAUCAUCAUCGUCAUAGUGCUAACCGUACGGUCCAGACAGGAAAAGAAGAAGACGGAGGUUCCCACGGCAACGUCAUGCUCCACUGAGCCCAUGAUAACAUCAGGGUUCACUAGCGGUGGCUUGGACAGCUCAGAGGUCUGAUAGACAGACAGACUUCCUUCGACACGACCACUGAGACAGACAGACAUUCACCACAUAAAAAUAAACGCUGACAGAUAUAUUUUUUAUGUGCCUAUUUGUUUUUGUUUUUUUACAUUGGGACAUAAAAAGAGGGAGGGGACAACUGAAACAACACAAUCAACAAUGAGAGUUUAGUUCUGUACAAAAACCUACUUGAAAUCUUGCAGCUCUUCUGCUCUGCUGUAGGGGAGACCAUAGAGGUAAAACAAUCUAUCUAUAUGGGGAGACAGCCCCAACUAAGGUAGUACCUGUAACCUGUUCUGU